AUGGCGGCGGCUGCCCGGCCCUACUUGGGCCUGCUCCUGUCCCUGUUCCUGCUGCAGCUGCCCCCAGGAGCCGUCGCGGCCGCCCGGGCGGGGCCCGGAGAUGGCAUGAAUAUCCUGUUUAUAGUUGUGGAUGAUCUCCGUCCUGUUUUGGGCUGUUAUGGAGAUAAGCUUGUUAAAUCUCCCAACAUUGAUCAACUUGCUUCUCGAAGCAUUGUGUUCAGCAAUGCAUAUGCCCAGCAAGCCCUGUGUGCUCCCAGCAGGGUGUCCUUUCUCACUGGCCGCAGACCUGACACCACCCGGCUGUACGAUUUCUACUCCUACUGGAGGGUACACGCAGGAAACUAUUCCACAAUGCCCCAGUAUUUCAAGGAAAAUGGCUACGUGACCUUAUCUGUGGGGAAAGUUUUUCAUCCUGGGGUUUCAUCCAAUCACAGUGAUGACUAUCCAUACAGUUGGUCCAUUCCACCCUUUCAUCCUUCAACUGAAAAGUAUGAAAAUCAUAAGACUUGCAGGGGAAAAGAUGGAAAACUUUAUGCGAACUUGGUGUGCCCAGUGGAUGUGUCAGAAAUGCCCAAGGGUACUCUGCCUGAUAUUCAGAGCACUGAAGAGGCCAUACGUUUACUGAACGUUAUGAAAACCAACAAGCAAAAAUUCUUCCUGGCUGUUGGUUACCACAAGCCACAUAUCCCACUGAGGUACCCCCAGGAAUUUCUCAAGUUGUACCCGUUGGAAAAUAUCCCAUUAGCCCCAGAUCCCUGGGUGCCCGAGAAACUACCUUCUGUGGCCUACAACCCCUGGACAGAUAUCAGACAGAGGGAUGAUGUGGAAGCAUUAAAUGUUAGUUUCCCUUAUGGACCACUUCCAGAGGAAUUCCAGCGGCAGAUCCGUCAGAGUUACUAUGCAGCAGUUUCUUACCUGGAUGUGCAGGUUGGCCUGCUCCUGAAUGCUUUGGAUAAUGUAGGACUCUCAAAUAACACAAUGGUAGUUUUUACUGCUGACCAUGGAUGGUCCCUGGGAGAACAUGGUGAAUGGGCAAAAUACAGCAAUUUUGAUGUUGCUACCCGUGUACCGCUGAUGUUUUAUGUACCAGGAAUGACAACUUCCUCUGUCAGUCAAGGAAUGAGGGUCUUCCCCUACCUCGACCCUUUUAGCCAUAUUGUAGGCUCAGUACCUCAAGGGCAAAGCAAAAAGGUGGUGGAGCUGGUGUCUCUGUUUCCAACACUUGCUGAACUCGCUGGCCUGCAGGUUCCUCCCACGUGCCCCGAGACGUCGUUCCACGUUGCCCUGUGCACGGAAGGGACAAGCAUCGUCCGCUACUUUAAUGCCUCUGAGGAGAAGGUGCAGGAAGGGAAGGAGGGCUGUGGUGACACUGCCAGGUGUUUUAAUGAAGAGCCUGUUGCUCUCAGCCAGUAUCCCCGGCCUGCAGACACUCCCCAGUGGAACUCUGACAAGCCAAAGCUGAAAGACAUCAGGAUCAUGGGCUAUUCCAUGCGCACCAUUGACUACAGGUACACGGUGUGGGUUCAGUUUAAUCCUGACAACUUCAGCGCUGACUUUGAGCAUGUCCAUGCAGGAGAGUUGUACAUGAUGGAGACUGACCCAAACCAGGAUUACAACAUCUAUAACACCACCUCACAUGGUUGGUUUUUCAAAAGGAUUCUUGGCUUUCUGAAGCACUAGGGUUUGGGAACUUCUCUGUGCCUGUUCUUGCAGCUGAAUUAAUGCUUCCCUCUUUUGUAUAAAACCUUUCUGUUGUACAGAAAACACUUGGAUUGAAUUAAAAUCCUGUCUGUAUCGAAACACUA